AUGAAUGAUGGUAUAAAGAAAAAAAAAAGUGAAAACCAAAAAAAAAAAAAAAAAGGCAAUAAAGAAAAAAAUAAUCCUUGCAACGAAAAUGAUGGGGGAAAUGUUAAAAAGGAUAAACAAAAAAACGGGGAAAAUAUAAAUACUGUUAUGGAACAAGAAAACGAAAAGACAAAUCAAAACUGUCAUGGAAACAUCAACCAAGAGACGUACAUAUCUAAUAAGAGUAACCAAAAAUUACACACACGUCAGGAAGGAAAUGAAGAUCAAAAUAUGUAUUUUAUUUUCGAAGAAUUAUUAUUUAAUGAGGACUUGAAGAAAAAAGUACACUACUAUACAUGGUUUUAUUAUUUUGAAAAUCUUGUGUUAAAAUUGGACAAUUUUGUAACCCAGAUAUUGAAUUACUCCUACUACCUACUCAGUAAUAUGGCCAAUCCUUCGAACAAUUGCAAUAUCAGUAAUAAACGUAAUAUACUACUGGUUCAGUCAACUCUCACAGUUAAACUGAUAAAUAGGCGAAAUAGGAAAAAAAAAUUUACAUCUAGUUUUAAUAAUAACUCAUUUAAACGCAUAGAACAAAUAGUUAUGUACAAAAAAGAAAUAAACACAAACGGAAAAAUAGAUAAAAACGAACUUAAAACACUUAAUUAUUUAAAAAAACAAAAUAUUAAAAGUAUGAUUUAUAUAAAUGAUAUUUUUGAGCCACAGUUUUUUUCUAUAUUAUUUUUAGUUAAUUCAACAGAUGAAAAAGAAUUUAAUAAUUUUAUUAGCACACAAAAUGAAAUAACAGAACAUUUUCCAAAUGAAAGUAUAAAAAAAUUAGGCAGUAAUGAAUACGGAAUACUCAGGGGAUAUGAUAUUAUCCUUUUAAGAUAUUCAUAUGAAAUUAUAUAUUUUUAUAAAAAUAAUAAUACUACAAUAAGUUAUGAUCACAAUAUAUACAAUCAAACCCAUAAUAAUGUGAACAUUACGAAAGGGACUUUUAAAAAUAACAACAAAAAAGAAAAGAAUAAUGAUUCAAAUGAUCAGAUUGUGAAAGGAACUAACAACAGUCUGCUUAACACAAACAUAAUAGAAAAAAGCAAAUAUCAUACAAUGAUUACAUGGAGGAAUUAUUUAAAUAAUUCAAAUGUAACAAAACAAUGUGUUGUGCUAGAUGCAUUAAAUAUAUGUUCUGGAAUGGAUGGUUAUAUUGAUGGAGAAAAUUUUAACUUUGAUGUUUUGAUAAAUGAUGCAUAUUCUUACUUAGUAAAAUAUAAAACCAAAUUAUCUAUCACCCGAUUAAUACACGCGGUUACAUCCUUGCUGAAGAGCCAGAUGCAUCCAAUUAUAUAUAUUCCCCAUUGGUGGUACCAUAACAUAGCAUUUUGCGAAAAUAAUAUCAUUGAAUCAGGAGAUUUUCACCUACAUAUUUUUAAGGAAUUAGAAAAAGAUGGAUUACUAAAAGUUGGGAGUAAAAAUAAAGAUUCGUCUGUGUUAACCAUGGAUGAAAAGGAUACAGAUUUAUUUGUCGAGCUCGCUAUACAGAAAAAUGCAAUCCUUUGUACAAAUAAUAAUGACAUAAUAAAAUAUUAUCUUAACAUGUGUGAGAAUGCAAAAGUCUCAAAAUUCAUUGCAAAGGGAACCUUUUUCAUGUUAGCCAACUUUCUUUAA